AAACGACUGACAACCAAAAGAGUUGCCGUGAUGGGGGAAAUGACAGCCACCUCAGAAGGAAGUCGUGAUACAUCUCGUUUUUCCCCAAAAAUAAAAUGGUCGAAGCUAUUCACUGUGUUGCUCUGGACCGUGCUCAGCAUUGCCAUGAUUAUCGUAGGAUCCAUGCAUGUUGACAACUGUCCAGUAGAGCCAAAAAUCCCAAUCUACCUGAUAGUGGCUGGAGUAUUUCACUUACUGGCAUUCCUACUUAUCCCACUGAAGAUGGUUGCUGAAAAGGUGGCAUAUUCCAUAGAGAGUGUGCUGGGUCUUUUCUCCUUUUGCUGGUUUAUUGCAGGAAGUGUCUGGGUGUUUAGAAUCUACCAGGAUAAUCCAAGACGCUGUAAUGAUCUUGUUUACAAAGUUGCAUUUGGAAUCCUGAUCUUUGAGUAUAUCUUCUUGGCUUUAGUAGUUGCUGUUGUCUGCUUACUCACAUGCUGCGCUGGUCUCCUGGCUACAUCUGAUAUAGAAACUCCCAGCAGAAUCCGUUCCCCAGAAGAUGAAGAAGCUCUGAAAUAAAAUAUGUCCUGACAUUUGGAUGACUUAAUAACAAUAGAGUAUAUGGGGAUGAAUAUAGGUUCCUAGUCCAGGGGCUUCUUCUCUCAUGAUCUUGAUAUUCUCAUGAUAUAUACUUACAAGGUGAUGUCUGUUGUUUCUGAAGGAAAGAUCUAUUAAAGUAUUGGAAUAUCAUGCUGUCACUUUAAUUAAACAUUAUAUAAAGGUAGUGUAAAAUAGAAAGUUCCUUAAAAGAAAGUAUUUUACUGUAAAUGAAGAUUAGGAAACAAACGCAAACAUUUGCUUUUUUUCUAUGGGCAAGUCUAAGUGUUAGUUAUCAUACAUGACUGCGAUAUGCAAUAUAUAUUUUUUAACGCUUUACUUCAACAGUAAAUAAAAACAUACGUAUUACCUUUCUGACGAGACAACAGCUUUAAAGAUGUGUCUGCUGUCAUACCACAAGUUUUGAUUCCCAUGAUAUAACACUACAUUGUAGGUACUUGUACUAUAAUGUGUGGGGUAUGAUACCUGUUACCAAACUAAACUUUUGAUAUAUUGUUCUUAUGUAAUUAUAAGACACUUUGCUAUUUACUUGCUGUUAAAAUUCUCAUCCUUUAUAUCUUUUUAAGUGAUUGAAAAAACGGCCAACAUUUUUUUUAAAGGGAUACUCCACUGGAAAACAUUUUUUUAAAUCAAAUGAUGCCAGAAAGUUAAACAGAUCUGUAAAUUAAUUCUAUUAAAAAAUCUUAAUCCUUCCAGUACUAAUCAGCUGCUGUAUACUACAGAGGACACUCUUUUCUUUUUGAACUUCCUCUCUGUCUGACCACAAGUGCUCUCUGCUGACACCUCUGUCCAUGUCAGGAACUGUUCAGAGCAGGAUAGGU